AUGAUUGUUAUUAUUAUUAUAGGUCCAAUAUCUUUCGGUUCGGUUGAUUUAGAACUUGAUUCAGUUAUAUUAAUCAAUGAAAAAUAUAGUGGUAGUGAACAAUCAUUUCAAAAAUGGAUCAUACGUCGUCAAGUAGAUCAACAACCUGAAAUUGUGUAUCGAUUUUCAUCAAUAUUUUCUUUACGAUCAAGACAAAUAACUUGUAUUUUAUCAAAACGUAAUCUAGGGGUGUCACUUUAA